AAUUAAGAGAAUUCUCUCAAAUUAACCUUUCUCUUGAUUUUCCUCUUUUCUUGUAAACACCCCUCCCUAUACCCUACAAUCUCUUUCAACUUCCACGCCGCCUUCAUGGAAAUCAAUUGAAGAAAAUUCUCAUAACCGUUUUUUUCAUUAUAAAAUCAUGAUGAUGAUGGCGGGUGUGGUUGUUCUUUAACAUUUGGUUUUAAUUCUUGAAUAUUGAUUAAAAAAAAAGUGAGAAAAAUGUGUGUGAUUUUGGAAAAAGAGGGUGAUGAUGAUGGUGUGCUGUUGGUGUCGCCGAAUAAUUUUUCUGCUGUUGAAGAUAACUGCAUAUACAGAUCUGGAUUACCUCAACCGUCUAAUUUUCCCUUUCUUCAAUCCCUCAAUCUUCGAUCCAUCAUAUAUUUGUGCCCUGAGCCUUAUCCUGAAGAGAAUUUGGAGUUUCUGAGAAUUAAUAAUAUCAAGCUUUUUCAGUUUGGUAUUGAUGGCACUAAGGAGCCAUCAGCUAUGUCCAGCAGUGCUAUAACAGAGGCUCUGAAAGUGAUUACUGAUGUCAGGAAUCACCCUGUUCUCAUCCAUUGUAAGCGUGGAAAGCACCGUACUGGUUGCCUGGUUGGAUGCCUGAGGAAAUUGCAGAACUGGUGUAUGUCUGCUGUGGUGGAGGAGUACAAGCAUUUUGCUGGCACAAAGUGGAGAGAAACCGAUGUCAAAUUUCUGGAGAAAUAUGACGUUUCACGCAUUAGGCAUUGUCUUGAGAGCAUUAUCUACAGGUACUAUGGGUCGAAGAAGAGGCGCUUGCAGUACAGAGAAGAAAGUCUGCAGAAGCCCCAGAUGACUUCAGUUCUAUAGAGGGGAUUUAUCCACCUUAAGUUUUAGCCUGGAUUGGAUAUAAUACCCAUUCUUCUUUUAUUUCUCUUUUCAUUGCUUCAGAUUCAUCUAUACACCAAUUUGUUUCUGUGAUGCCUUUACUUUGCAUUAAUUCGAAACCAGAAAUAUUAA